GUUCCUCAUCGCUCUGGUCGAGUGCCGCGGCUUCGUCAGCUUCCCCUACAUCAACAUCUAUGGAAGUAGAUGAAGAAGUAGACCAACAUCGACAUGAUCGUGGUGGACAACCUCCUUCAAGAAUACGCGACCGAGUUCGAGACUUCAAGAAAAAUAGGAGUAUGAAUACGAUGUCGACUUCUGAUUUUGGCGAAUCAGUAGAAUUGUCUUCGUCAAGAACAUUAUCAUUAGUCCAAAGGAUGGAGGCUCUUCAGAUACGUGCAGACGGUGAAGACACGACCUCAAAGACGCACGAAAUGAAAGGUCGCGAUACUGAUGAAAAUAUUCAGGAGGACACCACAAGAACAACAGAAGCUGAAACAGGAG